CUUUAGAUCGGUAUAUUUUAAUAUAAACAAGGAUUUUAGUAAGUAUGUCGAUAUCAGAGAUCGAUAUUCUUUAUCGGCCUUAGUAAUCUGUCAAAUUGCUCUCCUUUCAAAUGUCAAAUAUUUGCGUGGGUUCGGUUUCUGUGCGUCAUGAUCAGUAAAAAUUAUUAAAAUUCUUUAAAAAAUAUCCCUUUAAAGUACGAUGGUGUCUUCGAAAACGGUUUUGGGAUUAUGUGCAGGAGUUUCAGCCACACUGUUCAUCGGUUACUGCAUCUAUUUCGACAAAAAACGGCACAAUGACCCCGAUUUCAAGAGGAAACUACGAGAGCGUCGUAAGGCACAAAAGGCAGCCGCCUCGUCGGGCAAACGAUGCAAGACCGUGUUCCCCGACAUGAAGGACCACGAGGCAGUCCAAAGGUUCUUCCUACAAGAGAUCCAACUCGGCGAAGAACUUCUAGCCGCAGGAGAUCUAGAAAACGGCGUAGAUCACUUGUGUAAUGCCGUAGCUGUUUGUGGACAACCCAACGAUCUUUUACAGGUUCUUCAACAAACACUACAACCUGAAGUUUUCCACCUAUUAGUGAAAAGAUUACCUGCAGUCGCACCCAGAUUAAUGAAAGCGCAAUCUUCUAACGCAACUCUACAGGAGGAUGAUGUAGAAUAAUUUUUUUACAUUCGUUUUUUGCCUAGUCAAGAGGGUCUCUAGUGAAAAAUUCACUUUGUUAGGAUAACUGCGUAAAGUGGUUAUUGCAUAACAAAUAUAAUUUAUAUUUAAUAGAGUAAAUGUUUGAUUUCAAGGGACAUCACAGAAUAUUUAUUAUAUAAAUAGAUCUGGUGAUAAGCGUUGCCCCCUUUUAGCUUUUCACUAUGGGAGACCCUUGCUUAGUCUCAACAAAUAGAAUCAUUUUUAUUGAAACUGUAUUAAGCCCCCUUGUUAUGAAAAAGCACUAUUUUUGAUUAAUAAAAAUUAUUGCAUGGAGCAAUAUAUAGAAGGUAUUUUUUACAUGUUUUGUCUUAUUUUAUUGUAAAUAAAAUUAUCCUUA